AUGGCAGCAGCAGGAUCAGUAAAUUCAACAAAAUUCCCUCUGUUAGAUAAGCAACUGUUAUUCAACAUUAGUAAGAAAUGACUUGCAUGAAGAGAAUAUUUUCCAAGACCCGCCGCAUUACAGUCGGACGCCUUGUUGGAGUCACGCUAACCUCUGGCAGAUGUUUCCAUGCGGAACUAGUCAGAACCGAAUCCAGCGGACUGCCCAUUGUUCAUCACAGCAAGUAUGUGUGCGACCUUCCAGCAAACCACAGGUUUCCAAUGUCCAAGUUCCCUAGAGUUUUACAUUUUUUACUUCAAGACCAAGUCAUCACAGAGAGACAGGUGUGGGCUCCUGAGAUUGCCUCGAAAGACUUGCUCGGCGCUGUGCAUACUGAGGAUUACCUGAACAACUUUAUAAGCGGAAGAAUAAACGAGCAAGAGCAGCGCAGGACGGGUUUUCCUUGGAGCGAGGGCAUCGUACGACGGUGCCGAUAUGAAACGGGUGGGACUGUUCUUGCUGCUGAAGUCGCUCUACAAAGGGGUCUGGCCUGCAGCACGGCGGGGGGAACCCAUCAUGCUUUCCCCAGCUACGGCUCGGGGUUCUGUCUCCUCAAUGAUUUAGCAGUUGCAGCCAAGUACCUCAUGAACAGCUCAUCAAGGAAGAGAACGGUUUUAAUCGUGGAUUUAGAUGUGCAUCAGGGUGACGGCACCGCUUUCAUAUUUAAAGAUGAGCCAUCUGUGUUUACAUUUUCAGUGCAUUGUGGGAAAAAUUUCCCCGUCCGUAAACAACAGAGUGACCUGGAUAUUAGCGUGGAGGAUGGGCUGGAAGACAAGGAGUAUCUCUCCACAGUUGCAGAGCACCUACCCUGGCUGCUGGAGACUUUUCGUCCGGACCUGGUUCUGUACGACGCUGGUGUUGACCCACAUUGGGAAGAUGAACUCGGGAGACUCCGUCUGACCGAUCAAGGGCUCUACCAGAGAGAUCUUUAUGUAAUGAAGACUGUGGUGAAGAGAGGUGUUCCUAUUGCUACUGUUAUUGGUGGGGGAUAUUCCAGAGACAUCGACAAAUUGGCCCUCAGACACUCCAUCGUCCACAGAGCAGCUACUCAGGUUUGGAGGGAGUGUGGAAUGUAAAACCAUAGGUGCCGUGACCGUUAAGAACCACUAAAUAAAAAAACAACAAAAAAAAAGGCUGACAAUUUGUACCUUUGUUGUUUCGUCGUUGGUUUUGUUGUAUGGAAUUUAGACAAAGGAGUUUACAUGUGAUUAAAUGUUCACCUUUUGUUACUCAAACAGACUAACAUAAAAAUGCUCAAUGUGCAAACAUAAAAAAGUACUGGAAAGACAUAGCCUAACGGGAGCAUAUGUGGAAAUUAAUGUGGAAAAAAGGUUUUAUGGAACCGCAAUUAAGAAAUUAAGAAAGACUUUUGAUAGUCUAAACAUGGUAAGUUUUCUAAAGGUUUGAAACGUCUUCUCACAGUCAUGUCUUCUCACAGAAGAAAAGAUAACCGCGGAGAACAAAAGAUGGCGCUGAUAUAGCAGUAAAGGCAAAGACAUGUUGAUGCAUAUCAAUAUGAGUAUAAUCAGAUGCAUGAUUAUAAACAUAAUGGGAUGCA